AUGGAUCCUGGCACAGGCCUCGCCGUGUUCGACCUGUCUGUGAAGGUCGCAAAGCUUUGCUGGGAAUACUAUCGCAAGGUCAAAAAUGCCAAAAGUGACAUUGAACGCCUGAAAGAAGAAGUGGACAGACUCAAGGCUCCUCUUGAAGCUGCAGAGAAGCUUCUCAAAAGCCCAAACGGCCAGAGACUUCAGGCUGCACAGUCCUUGUUGAGUGCACUCCAGGGCUGCGAAGCACAACUCAAAGAGCUGGAAACAAAGCUGAAGACCAAGCUAGAAGACACGCUCAAGCAUGGGAAAAUAUAUAAGGCAAUGAGGAAGAUAAUAAGGCGACUCGGCCUUAGCGCACUUAAGUGGCCACUCGAAAGCAAAGAUGUCGACGCCAUCAUUGCAACCCUCGAGAAGCAUCGAAACGAGCUCUCUUACGCUCUUCAGAUCGACCAGACUGCGGAAAUCCUUCACAUUGGCCAAAAGCUCGACCUCUCGAAACUGCCUACCGCGAAAGAUGCAUCCUUUGACUCGCACGCCGACGAGCACGACGCACGAUGCCUUCCAGAGACACGAGUCACCCUACGCGAGGAUAUAAAAAAGUGGGCAGAGGAUAAGCACAGCGAAUGUAUCUUCUGGCUUAACGGCAUGGCGGGUACCGGAAAGUCAACAAUUUCACGUACGGUCGCGCAGUCGUUCGCCGACGAGGGAGUCCUUGGCGCUAGCUUCUUCUUCAAAAGGGGCGAGAAAGAUCGCAGCAGUGCAGCUCUUUUGUUCACGACCCUUGCUGCCAGACUUGCUAAUAUCCCUAUUUUGGCAGCACCCAUCAGAAAAGCCAUUGAGACCGACCCCGAACUUCCUCAGAAAGCUCUAAAAGAGCAGUUUGAGCACCUCCUCAUAAGACCUCUAGAGAGUUUCAAGGGUGAUCCUAUCAACCCAAAGAGGAUUGUGCUCGUGAUUGACGCACUUGAUGAAUGCGAGCGAGAUGACGAUGUCCGAGUUAUCAUCCGGCUACUAUCACAAGCAAGAACACUACAUUCUGUACGGCUGAGGACUUUUGUAACGAGCAGGCCCGAACUUCCAAUCCGGCUUGGCUUCAGCAAUAUUGAGGGGCAGUACCAGGAUCUAGUCCUGCACAAGAUACCGAAGCCGGUCAUCGAGCACGACAUCGCUGCGUUUCUAGAGCACAAACUCAAAGAGAUUAGGGAUGAGUGUAAUAGAUUGUCUACCGGCAAUCCGCAACUUCCGUCGAACUGGCCAGGCAUCGAGGCCAUUCAGACACUGACGAUCCCGCUGGCCGACUAA